AUGCUAACACUGCAGUUAAUGCGUGCCGAAGGGGCUUCUAUCCUCCUACACGCCGACCGGUCCAGGGUACAGAGAGUCCUCCACAGAUGGGAAGGAGGGAAGCCAAGUCUAAGGAAUGUGAUGGACUCUAGGUCCAGGGGAUCAUUUUGUUUCAAACUGACUUUGAAUUCCAUUGAGCAGCCACUGAAAUUCCCACGUGUUGCACUAAGGAGCUGUGAAAGACAGACUGAGAAAGCCUACUGCCUUUGCAUUCGAGGUGCCGUUACUGCACUGGGAUAG